CUCAGAAAAAGCAUGAGAUCGUCCAUUUCUCCGGAUUUUGUGAUUUUAAAAAAUGCAUGAGGAUUCUUCGAUAAGGGAACUUUCAACCCCGGGUAAACUGCUGUAUUUUAUGAUUUUUUCCAGUUGCAGAGAGACAUUUUUGUUCUGUAUUACCGUAUUUUCUGCUACAUUCAAAUAUUUUUUUAUUUCCGCAGAACGCCUUUGAUCGGCUCGAUACAACUGGAAACGAUGUUGAAAGAUAAAGUAAUUUACACGCUUUCGACGAUAAAGAUGCACCUGAGAGGAGGAAAAAUCGACACUGUUGGCGAUUGGGUUGUCAUGGGCGUUAUCAUAGGCAAAGGUCAUCCGAAGAUUUCUAAAAAAGGCUCCCAGUUUUCGGUGCUGAGUUUAAGUGACUUGACUGGAGACUGUACUCGAGUUGUAUCAGUGAUGCUUUUCGGCAGAGCGCAUGAGAAGUUGUUCAAGCUUAAUCUUGGAACCGUGAUCGGAUUGUUGAAUCCGUCCAUAUUGGAGAACAGGGAUGGACGAUUCGGCGUAGAUGCGACGUUAUCUGUUAGUACGCCUGAUCGUGUUCUGGAGAUUGGUCAGUCGAAAGACUACGGUCUCUGUCAAGGAAGGAAGAAGGAUGGUACCGCAUGCGUUGUUCCAGUUAACAAAGCAACUUGUCAGUUCUGCGUGCAUCAUCUUCAGGGAGAGUACCGCAAAGCUGCUGCAAAACGCCAGAGUUUGAACACCGGAUUGAACAGCGUUGACCCGAAAAGGCGUUUUUCUGACAAGAUGUGCUUGGGCGGAAAUGUUGUUUGCCUUGAGAGCUCUGAAGGCCUAGCGGACGCGAAGAGAAGGAAGCUGUCCAUGAGUGGAUUGGCCAAAAAUAACACUGCCCAGUCGCUGGGGUCUGUGGAUAAAUUGAAGCACCUGAGCGACGCGGAAAAAACUGCUGUCACGAAGUUUCGGAAGUCUGACCCUGAACUAGGCAAUUUGUUGGCCGUUCCCGGCCCAGGGGCUCGAAUGCUGUUGUCGCAAUUGACACAAACCUCGCAAUCUGUGCAGCAAUCAGGAAGUGCCAAGCCGAAAAUGACUGUCGUGAAUCCCAAAGAGUUGCUCAAAAGAAAUACUACGUCUUCGUCGAGGGCGUCCGUGGAUGCGCAGCGUUUGGCGUCUCUCGGCGGAUCUGUUCCGUCUGUGAAUGCUUCAGUGCCUUUGACAAAAAGCGAAGGAUCCCUUCGUCAGAUUACUGCUAUUUCCUCGAGCAAACUGGGCGGGGUUCCCCGACGUGAACCAGCCGCGAAUUCUAUUCAGCCUAAGACGACGUCUGACGAAUAUUACGUCGAUUUCGAUGACGAUGACGCCCCAAGCUCUCAGAAAGUGUCCAUGUCUGCCGCGAAGGUUCGUGCGAUGAGGAAACUGAAAGGCGAGAAAAUUUCGAAAGUUGAUCCGAACGAAAUGCUGAAGAGAAAUGCAUCGAAAGACGCUUCGCAAAAAACCAAUCGGAUCGCUGCCCGUUUAGCUGCCUUAGAAACUGAAAGCGGAAAUGAGAACGCUUCUCCUGUCGAAAUUUCAAAACCGAAGCGACGAGGUGCCUUUGCUGAGGCUUUAGGAAUCAGCCUUACAGAAGAGGAGCAGAAAAAGUUGGGAGAUGUCACAGCGAAAAGCCAGGACUUGCUCAAAGGUGCCGUUUUGCUCGAGGAAGAUGCCUAUUUCAAUCGGUUGGCUUUCAAGGAUACUUUGGAGGAGAAAAUGGCUCAAGUGAAAGAGAUGGAAUGUACUAUGGUCAUCUGUGCAAAAUGCAAAUACCGAGCAUUGGGACAGUCAGACAUGUGCAAAUUGUUGAUGCAUGACGUGAAACGGAUCAAGGGCAAGAAACGAUGGUUUGAAUGCAAAAAUUGCAAAAACAGGGUCAUCUCUCUGGAUCGCAUGCCAAAGAAGGCUUGCGAUCGCUGUGAAACUGACGUGAACGAGUGGAAAAAAGUUUAUUUGAUUUUCGCGUUGAGUGUGAUGGAAGAAUCUUUUGCGGCCGAAGACGAUGCGACUUCCGGAGGCAAUGUGAAGAAACGUGAUGGUGCGAAGUUGAGGAAAGACGUUGACAAACGAAUUGUCUGCUUCGAUUUGUCUGCUGGCGACGAUUUUCCUGGGGAUGCAUUGAACUCGACUGAACAGCCGUACGUGGUUAUUAUUGCGAUCAUUGGGAAAGCUGGACCAGAAGCUGAUUGGGCAAAGGGCGUGCCUGUAGAAGAGCUGUUGAGCUGUAAACCCUCACUUCCGAGAUCCUGGACUGGUCAGGCAAACGAUGAUCCAUCAAUUUUACAUAAGGUCAGAGGAGUGUACGAUCCUGUGAAAAAGCUGGUGAUUCUGUCACUGGAAUCACCCGUGAUUGACGCUGAUGCUAUUCUGCGUUUAAAUCCAGAAAUCCGGGAAGAGUUUCUCAAAACUGGUUUUCUACCGACAUGGACUCAGAUCAACGCGGAUUUCCAUCAAGCUCUGUUUUUCAUCUUCUCUGUUUCUCACAUUGUCAUCGUUUCGCAUCGGAACGCAGUUUUCGACGCCUCGUGGCUCCGAGUAUUUUUGGCCUUGAACCCGCUCAGGGAGGAUUCCCGGAAGAAGGUGACUUCUUUCCUCCGCGCUUUUGAAAGCGAAAUUGACGACGAGUGGAUCGACCACGGAAGGCUCUGCACUCCUCGUGUUUUGUUCUAUUUUCCCGCGGAUCCGUCGAUCGUUGCUUCAGUGCCGCAAACGGAAGAUCGACGUUGUUGGUCGUCGUGGGCCAAAAGGACGCAUUCCGGUUAUCACGCCGGGUUACAAAUGUCGCCUGCGGUUCGCAAGAAGGUCUCUAAGCUCGUCGAAUCUCUCGAAGACUCGAUUUAUAAGAUACUGAGAAAAGCCCGAGUCAUUACGAACUCCGCUGCUCACGCCUUAUUUGCCUUGCCUUCCAGCGAGCGAUUCGUUUUCUUGGAUGUGCAGAAAAGAAAUAUUACGCGUGGGACGAUGCAUUCGUCACUUGGUCUGCUCCGUUCGCUGGUGGCCUCUUGCGAAGCCGCCCCGAAAACAUUUCAAUUAUCCACAACCGAUGCCAAUUCCGGGGAAUCCUCCGUAAACUCGAGAGAAGACGAUCAUUCAGUCAAUCACAACGCCGGCGGCGUGAAAUUUUCCGCCAGUUUCGCUGAAUUUGUCGGCGGGCACGUGGAGCUGGCGGCGGCGGACGGAUUCGACGACUCUGUCGGCCGACGAACGGCGCCGGCGAGUUUCGUCCUGCCUAAAGUCGGGGAAUGGGCCCGAGUGGCGCCUCGUUUGUACGAAUUUCUCACGGAUCGCAGCGAGGAGAUGGCCGCCGCGGCGGUUCGUGCCGUGAACGUGGAAAUGCGGUAUUCGGAGAUGCGGUGCGAGAAGGUUUUGCCGGUUGCCAUUGCGGCGUAUCAGGAGAAUUUGCCGCCACAUUACAAUGAGGCUUUGCAUCUCACACGAUUGAGGCAUGCGGAGAAUGUGAUGAUUGGUCAGCGGACUGGUCCGUUGUGCGGAAAAUAUAUGCAAGAAUUGAGGAAGGAAUGUGAUCGAAUUUGGAAAUCGGGUCGGCAAAUGUGUUCCGAACAGGAAUGGUUGCCAGUAAUGCCCCACUGCAGUGGGUUGAAGUACGUCUCUACCUGCGACUGCGGACGACGUCAAUCAUCUCGUGAAGAUCCGUUUGAAAUCCAAGAAGCAAACGUGGCUUUCUACUCAAGAAUGGGUGGAGAAUGUUGUCGUUUGCGAUGCAACUAUUUCCCGCUUCCCGCGAAUCGUAGCUCGUCUUUGAAAGUGUCGACUGAACAGAAAUCUGAAGUCGGGCCUGAGGAAAAGAGACUCAGAUAUUUUGGAGAACAGAGUGUGAAAGAGGCGGAUAAUGGGAAUGAUGUCAGGGGGAAAACGGAAGGAGAACCUGGCGACUCGGGUGAGCAGCUGGAGGGAUCCAAGAGACCUUUCAAAGAUGAGGAUCAAUCUGGUCGCACCGGUUUGAGCAUGGAUUUCGCCCGAGCGAGCCUCAGCCAGCAUUCGAACGAAUCCGCGACCGCCCUGGAAAUCCUUUCAUCCAACGGGAAAUUCCGCGAGCCGUCGCCGUCCAGCGGCACCCCGCAACGACGCAAGCCGCUCUCCUAUCUCUCUCCAAAGCCGCAACAAGAAACGGCGGAACAGCAGCCAGUGGAAGAAGAAGAUGAGGAGGAAGACGAAGAAGAAGAAGAAUCUGACGCAGAAGAGAAUGAUGAGUAUAGUGGGGCGGAAGAAGAGACGACUGAGGAGAUGCUGAGGCGGCUCAAGUGCGGCGACGAUGCGGAAGGCGAGGAGGAGUUGAAGGGAAGGAGGACGAGGAGUCCAUCUCCGACCGGGCCGAGAGUGUUGGCGGUGGACGCCGACGCACCGCAUUGGGCGCUUGUUUGCGUCGGUUCCGCCUCCAUCUAUUCGCACAGUGCCGGAAUACACGAUCAGCCGAAUUUCAGCUCGUGGUCUAAUUACCUCUUACCGUGGAUUGUCAAAGUCAAGUUCCCUGACAAAGGCCCACGAAACUUGGACAAUCCCAACAAGCCGCCUCCUGCUUGGAACACAAAAAAGAGAGAUAUCAAUGACGGAGACGCAAAACUUAAAAUCUUCAUCGGGCUAGAAUACGAAUGUCACAAGGGCCAUAGAUUUAUGGCCGCAGGACCCAACCGAAUUUUGAGAGCUGUUCCGAACCCUGGGGAAAAAAUUGGGCGCGUCAAAGAAUUCGGGAAAGACAUCAUGGAUGUCGACAUGCCGUUGUACAUGAACUGCUCUUGCAGGAGCGAACCGGCCGCGGUGGCGCAACUCAUGCGACUCCACGUCGUGACCCCGAAGGCGCCGGCACGAGUUGCCGGAAUACACGAUCAGCCGAAUUUCAGCUCGUGGUCUAAUUACCUCUUACCGUGGAUUGUCAAAGUCAAGUUCCCUGACAAAGGCCCACGAAACUUGGACAAUCCCAACAAGCCGCCUCCUGCUUGGAACACAAAAAAGAGAGAUAUCAAUGACGGAGACGCAAAACUUAAAAUCUUCAUCGGGCUGGAAUACGAAUGUCACAAGGGCCAUAGAUUUAUGGCCGCAGGACCAAACCGAAUUUUGAGAGCUGUUCCGAACCCUGGGGAAAAAAUUGGGCGCGUCAAAGAAUUCGGGAAAGACAUCAUGGAUGUCGACAUGCCGUUGUACAUGAACUGCUCUUGCAGCGGUUUGAGUCACGUGGAUCCGGUCGACGUGCUUUUUAAAUUUUCAAAUUUUUCGUUGUCUUGUGACUGUGUUUUUCAAUGUGACGUUGAUUUCGUGUCGAACGGACUGAAAGAUGGGAGGAAAUUCAUCCGGGCGUUGGAAGGGCGUGUCGAGAAAAACGGGAGCGAACCGGCCGCGGUGGCGCAACUCAUGCGACUCCACGUCGUGACCCCGAAGGCGCCGGCACGAGUGUUGUUGGAUCCACGCGUGCGCCCGAGUCCGGAAGCGCCUGUGUUCACUCCGAAAGGCGGCGCCGGAACCGCCGGCGACGGACCGACGACACUCUCUCCGAUGGCGCUCACCCCGAGCAAGUACUGGAUCCUGCGGUUCCCGUUUUGUUACGUGGCAGAUUCUGGUGCGGACUCUGUUGGGAUCCGGUUCCCUCCCCCGAAGGAGAUCAAUGCUGGGAACAUGCCCAGACUCGGGGUGUUGUUGCGGGGUUCGCUGAGUGUGGAUGGAUCGUGA